AUGGCAGAUGUUGACAACGAUGAAGCUCUGGAUGAAGAGACAGAAGUCAUGAGCCUCGCUACUGGUGUUGCAAUGAUUGCGGCUGCUUAUUGCAGAGGUACAGAGUUGCAUGGCGCGGGCGGAUUACCAAAGUGGAGCUCGAAUGAGGCUUCAGCAGCUGGCAGGAGUUUGCUUGGGCUAAUGUUUGAUAACGAUGCAAACGGUGGUGCGGAUGAAUCUCGCGGCUUUGGCGAUGCCAUUCGUGACUGCUUAGCCAGAUGCCUUGGCGAGGCAGCUGCAUAUCUUGCUUUCUCGCUUGCGAUCGAACCUGAGCCGCGAUGGGGCGGUCUUGCUGGAAGUCGCGAUGAUCGCGAAUCUCGUCCUCUGGCGCCUGAUCUUCCACCCCACCUUCCAAAGCAGCUUGCGAAACCGACAACAGAAUCAGCUUUUGUAGCUUCUGUGCGUCUUCGAUGGCUGAUCGAAUCUUCUGGGUACCCUUCGCUCGGAAGAGCUGUCAAAUCCGAAAACCAAGAUGCAAGCGCAAUGAUUUCCCGCAUCGUGCCGUGCGUCCUUCGUGCAAUGGACCACACUAGCUCUGCCGUUCGUCGUGAGGGAUGCGCUGCUCUGGUUGCUCUCAUCUCAGCCACCAAUCGAACUGAGCUCCGCUGGCACGGUGCUGCCCUACUCGACGCGGCCUCUUCGACGCUGUCAGGAUCAACUGCAGAAGUAUUUGGAGCGGCAGCAGCGGCCCAUACCCGCGCAGCGGUUGCGGUGUGUGCCGAUGAUCCUAGAGAUCCUGGGUUGAUGUCGGCCCUUGAGGCUAUGAUACAGGCGGCGAGUUCACGCAACCACGAGGUUGCCGUCGCCAAGGCGUGGGUACUCGAGUUCCCCACGCUCUUGUCUGCAUUGAAACUGGGUGCCGCCGCACAUCUUGGACGAUUGUUUCCUCCCCUUCUCGAAUGGCUUCAUGCACGAGACGAUGCAACCGCAAUCGGUGCCGCUUCUUGCCUCGAACUUCUAUGCAUGAUGACAUGGCCACGUGUACCCAAUCACGCUGCUUCCAUCUGGUCAGAUAUUGCCCGUGCUUACACAGAGGCUGAUGCUCGCGGGGGAGGCCAGACGACUCAACUUUUUCGGACCACCCUUGAGCGUCUUGCUGCUAUCGUCCAGCUUGCCUCUGGAGAGAAAUUUGAAGAAGUAUGGCGAGCGGCUUGCAUUGAGCCAAUCCCUGCUCAGCUUGCACCUCUCAUUUCGUUCCUCGAGAACCUUCCGGGUAGAGAUGGUGUUUCAAAUGAAUGGCAUGUGCAGGCGUAG